CCAGCCUGGGGUCGAGCCCUGUGGAAAUCAACUCGCUCUCGCACAUGCUGGGCCCGAUCCCGGGCUGGGGUCGAUCAGUGGGACUGAUUCUGAGCGGCACCUGCUGAGGCUCUGACACUGUUCACAGAGCUCAGAUUUUUGACACUGCGCCCCUCACCCUGGUGUCAGGGCAGCUGAGCCCCCUCAGGGCGUGGAGGACGGGGGCUGUCCGGGGCUGGCUGGGAACUUUUGCGACAGAGCCAACAUCUGCCAGAGCAGAGAGAGGAAAUUCAGGACGGAUCUUCUGACCGUCGCCCCAUCAACCACAAGGCUGCAGCCCAGCAUCUCAGCUUCCUGUGUGAUCUCAGCCCAGCCACUCACCCCCUGCCCGCGCCUUCCCUGCAUCCUCUCACUCGGGCACGAUGGAGGACGAGGAAGGAUACACGAUAUUGAACCUGCGGCCCAAGUGGGGCUGCUCGGGCGGCCUGUCCUCACCCGGGAACCCAGGCUCCCGUCAGUGUCCUGGCUGGCUUCAGGUCGCUCUAGGGGCUGGGAAUCUCAUCCUCGCAGUGACUGUGCUAUUGCUGGCGGUGUGUGACACUUUUUCAGACUGCGUCCCUUUGGGGCUGCUCCGAAGCUCAUUGGAGUCAGUGGCGAUGGGGCAGAACAGGCUUUGGGGCAGGCCCCGUGUCUCCGCAUGGCUCGGUGCUGGUGCUUUUACCGGCAACUCACACAACAUUGACCGUGCGCCUCACUCCCACCGACGCUGCUUUGCAGUUUCCCACUUGGUGUCUGAGAAGGGACAGAUCCCGGCAGCCCCUGGGAGCGACGGAGCCAGGAGCAGAGAUAUAGCGACACCCCGUGGGAGCGACGGAGCCGGGAGCAGAGAUACAGCGACACCCCGUGGGAGCGACAGAGCCGGGAGCAGAGACCCCAGCACAGCAGAAUGCAGCACCUGCCUGGAGCGUUUCCGAUCCCAGCUGUGCCCCCCGGCCCCGCCCGGCCCAGCAGGGGGCUCCGGGUGCAAACUCUGCCCCACGGACUGGCGGCUGCGCGGGGACAAGUGCUACUGGGUCUCCAGAGGACGUAAAACGUGGCGCGAGAGCCGCGCCGACUGCUCAGCGAGGGGCUCCCAGCUGCUGGUGAUCCGGGACCCUGAGGAGCUGGAGUUCCUAAAGGCCCUGACACAAGAUUCAAAUCAGUUCUGGGUCGGACUGUCCAUCUCCUCCCCGGAGAAGGCCUGGACCUGGCUGGACGGCUCCCGGCUGAAUCAGACCCAGUUCCCGGUGUCAGGCUGGGAUGACUGGAACCGCUGUGGGAAGCUGUGGGGGAAUUGGAUUCAAUCUGACACCUGCAGCUCUGUACGUCAGUGGAUUUGCCAGAGAGAUGCCGUCCCACUCUGAGCAGGGCAUCCGUGGCCCGUUAGUAAUGGCAAGGAGCCUUUCUUCAA